AGGAGACAGUUCAUUCCACUCAGCGGCUAGCUGCUAACUGACGCGUCUGAACUGAACUCGGACAGUUAGGAGACCUGAAAACGUUUGAAGAUAAUCUGCUUUAAAUGUUUACACCGUUUGUUUAUUGUCUCUGACGGUUUUAAACUCUCCGGUGCUUCGGUUUGUGGUGAGCGGGUUGAAGCUAGGUGGCUAAUGCUAACUGGAUGAACUCAAGCCAGUAAACAAGAAGGAAAACGGAUGAGCUGGGCAGACAGUCGGUCGGAUAAACGGUUGAAUCGGUACUAAAGCGCAUCUAACCGGGAGAUAAAUGUGUGUAACGGCGGUUGGGUUUUCCCGGUGAUCCGUUAGCGUCCCAUGGAGCGGCCUUACUGGCGCAAAGACACCAGACUACUGAAGAACCAGCCGUGUGACGAGAUCCUGGACGCGGUCGACUCCGAGGAGGCAGCGAGCGUCUACAGCCCGACUCCCCGCAGCCAGCGACAGUCAGAGUCCAGGAGGAGCAGGAAGGGGCGUGGCCUGAUGUCGGCCAACAGCGGCAGUGAUGAGUUUGAUGAAGACCACAAACCCCUGGGGGCCAACGAGCCCACUGGCGGGCAGUCUGGGGUCAGUCCACAUGAGGAGGACGAGGAGGAAGAAGAGGAGGAGGAGGACUCGGACGAAGAGGACUCCGACGACGACGACGACGAGCCCAGCAAGGCUCUGGAGGGGGCGUACGACCCCGCUGACUACGCCAACCUGCCCGUCAGCACCGAGAUCAAAGAGCUGUUCCAGUACAUCACACGCUACACCCCCCAAUCGAUAGAGCUGGAGCACAGCCUGAAGCCGUUCAUCCCAGACUUCAUCCCGGCCGUGGGAGACAUCGACGCCUUCCUGAAGGUACCGAGGCCGGACGGGAAAGCGGACAGUCUGGGUCUCCUGGUUCUGGACGAGCCCAGUGUGAAACAGGCAGACCCCACGGUGCUGUCACUGUGGCUGUCAGAGGAGACCAAACAGCAUGGAGCCACCGAGCUGAAGAAGGUGACGAGUGUUGCCAGUCCUCAGACUAACCCUCGGCCGGUGGACAGCUGGGUGGAGAGUAUCAGCGCUCUGCAUCGCUCCAAGCCUCCGGCCAGCGUCCAGUACGGCCGAGCGAUGCCGGACAUCGACAGCCUGAUGCAGGAGUGGCCGGCCGAGCUGGAGGAGCUGCUGGGCCGCCUGCAGCUGCCGCCGGCCCGCCUGCACUGCAGCCCGGCCGCGUACGCCGACAUCGUCUGCGGCCUGCUGGACAUCCCCGUGUACAGCAGCAGGAUCCAGUCUCUGCACCUCCUGUUCAGCCUCUACCUGGAGUUCAGAGACUCGCAGCACUUCACACGCAGAGCUUAGAGGCUGUGACCUCACACAGGCACACCUGGGACCUGGUCCUUUUUCCUGGACUGUACUGGUUUAAUGUCUGAGUGACAACACCUGAUUGAACAUUGGCAGAAUAGUCAGUAAUUUAACCUGAAGAUAGAGGAGGACAGUGUGUCUCUGUCAGACUGCUGCUUGAUGUCUGAACGAGUUUCUUGCUUCCUAACUGCUCACAAUAAAAUGUUUAUUUGUAAUAAAUACAUUCAUA